AUGUCUGAUAACAACGGCCCUCCUCCUACGAGCGCGCAGCUCCCCCCGCCUCCGCAGACGACUGCAGGUGCCCCGGGCUACGAAAAUGGCCACAAUGGUCAGACAAAUCCCUCGCACAUGCCACCGCCGCCUCUUCCUCCAGUUAUCAUCCCGCAAAAUACGAACCCUAUCCCGACUGCAAUCACAUCGCCUAUGGGAGAGAAUGGAGGUGUGAUGUCACCCGAUAGCGCUGGUGGAUUUGUCCGACGUGCUGCCCCGGAGCCGAACAAGAGAGCCUUAUACGUUGGAGGCCUUGAUCCGAGGGUCACCGAGGAUGUUCUACGUCAAAUCUUUGAGACAACUGGCCAUGUCCAGAACGUCAAAAUCAUUCCUGACAAGAAUGUAGGUGCUUUUCAGUCGAAGGGAUUUAACUACGGCUUUGUUGAGUACGACGAUCCAGGAGCAGCAGAGAGAGCCAUGCAAACUCUGAAUGGUAGGCGUGUCCAUCAGGCUGAGAUUCGUGUCAACUGGGCCUACCAGUCCAACACCUCAAACAAGGAAGACACUUCUAACCACUUCCACAUCUUCGUCGGAGAUCUGUCCAAUGAAGUCAAUGAUGAGGUUCUUCUUCAAGCUUUCUCUGCAUUUGGCUCGGUCUCUGAAGCUCGUGUUAUGUGGGACAUGAAGACUGGUCGCUCAAGAGGCUAUGGUUUUGUUGCUUUCCGCGAACGCCAGGAUGCUGAGAAGGCCUUGAGCUCUAUGGAUGGCGAAUGGCUUGGUUCUCGAGCAAUCCGCUGCAACUGGGCAAAUCAGAAGGGACAGCCAUCGAUCUCCCAACAGCAAGCCAUGUCUGCCAUGGGAAUGACUCCAACCACCCCUUUUGGCCAUCACCACUUCCCAACCCACGGUGUUCAGAGCUAUGACAUGAUUGUUCAGCAAACCCCCGCUUGGCAAACUACCUGCUAUGUUGGCAACCUUACGCCCUACACCACCCAGAACGAUCUCGUUCCCCUGUUCCAAAACUUCGGUUACGUUGUUGAGACUCGCUUCCAGGCCGACCGUGGCUUUGCUUUUGUCAAGAUGGACACACAUGAGAAUGCAGCAAUGGCCAUCUGCCAGUUGAGCGGCUACAAUGUCAACGGUCGUCCUCUCAAGUGCAGCUGGGGUAAAGACAAGGCUCCUGCCCAGCCUGGCUUCGACGGAUCCCAACAGGGAUAUAGCCCUCAAGGUGGACCCGCCCCUGGAUACCCAGGAACUCCAUCGGCUUACUUCCCUCAAUAUGGUGGUAUGCCCCCACAAGCUGGUCCUCAGUCAGCCGGUCCAAUGCCCACUCAGCAGUCCCCAGGUCAAUUUCCUGGUCAACAAGGUGGUUAUGGUGGACCCCCCGCCCAAUCCCCAGGUCAAUAUGCUGGUCAGCAAAUGGGAUAUGGUGGCUCUGCCAGCGCUGGUGGCUAUGGCCGCGGUCAGCCAACCCCGAAUCCCCAAUGGAGUGCUCCUGCAGCUCAGAGCUUUGGCAAUGGCUUUGGUGGUUAUCAGGGCUAA